AUGGCGCGCUGUGGACGAACCUCUAAACCUGGCAACGUAUGUCGCAAUCUUCGUGGCCUUUUGACCAGACAGAACAAAGGGGUACCGAUAACCCCUGCCAGACCGCUGAUCACUUUGCGGGCAAAAUGGCCCAAGCGCAAACCUGAAAUGGCUGAGUACCCGAUCAUUACCUUCUCAUCGUGGGCGACCUAUCUUUUGCAGAACGCUCCAAGGUAUUUGCUUGGAGGUUGUGACACGCUGAACCCCGAGAUUUUUUCCAAGACGUUGAAGACUUUCUGGUGUAAGUACCAAGAAGGAGAUCCUCAACACCCAUGCUUCCAGGACUUUGAUUUGGAUCAGCUUGGUUUCACCAUACCCUAUGCAAUCCACGGUGACGAGGGUAGAGGCAAGAACAACACACCGGUGUUGGUUAUAGCGUUUCAAGGUAUCAUCCCAGGCCGUGGCAUGGACGUAACAACCACAAAAGGGCACAGCUACAGCACCCGCUGGCUUUCGACUUGCAUCUCGUCGAAGGUGAUGGUGGAUCAAACAUGGGAGGACAUCAACAAGGUUCUUGCGGAUGACCUCUACGAACUUUACUUUGACGGAGUCAACAUUGGUAAGCAUUGCUUCAGGUUUGCCUACGUUGGCCUGAAGGGUGAUUGGCCUUUCUUGAGGAAGGCCAUGAAACUAGCAACAGUGGAGGCGUGGUGGAAAUUUGGUCGUCACAGUGAACUGCAUCGUUGGACUGGCCAACCUCAUGACCCAUGGAAGCAGGGUUUCCCAGCGGCGCUUCGGACGGUUCCUGGCGCAAACUGUCCUCUGCGGAUCCGGACAGACCUGGCUCAUUGCUGGCCUAUUGGCACUGGAAAAGACUUUGCGGCAUCUAGCAUUUUGCUUUUGACGCACUUGGGCGCAUUCGAGGGCCGGUCAACGAACGCAAGGCUUGAGCAUGCGUGGUACUGUUUUCAAGGGUGGCGCCGGGUUCAGAAGAAGCGCUGCAAGCUGGAGGAGUUCAGCUUGAGGGCUUUCAAGGUUCAAUC